AUGGAAAACACUCGCCACGCUGGCUUUUCAGGAGCUAAUGUUUGGCGAAUGAAGGCUGCGCCCAGUCAGGAUGUCAAGCGCAAGGGGGGAAGGGGGUGGGUGGAGCAACGCCUUUUUCAGGGUGCCGCCGCCUGCAUGGUUCUUCAUCGUGUCCUCAUUUCCACCAGUUCUCGAAUCUGGGCCCUCAACAGGCCAGGGAUGAUGAUUUUCAGGUUGACCGCAAGAAAGGGGGUCAUCGAGGUGGAGAAACAGCCAGAUCUCAAGCCUUUGGUCGCCGUUGUGAUUUCUAUUCGCUGACAGCCACGGCACCCAGCCCGUUCCUGCUGAUGGGCGUUCCAUACAGUCGGUCAUUUCCUUUACCGUCU